AUGACUACUUCCGACUCCGACGACCCAACUCGUGGUCCAUUUUCUUCUCCCUGCUUCAACUUGCUCUGGCGACAUUAUCAGCAAGAAAUGAAAGACGAUGAAGAGCGUCAAGCUCGGAUAACCUCCUUCCUUGCUCUCGUGACUCAGUAUCUCAAGCUCAAAGAGGAAGAAGAUGCCAUACAACAACGCCGACUCGCUAGCCGGAAGCGGCGAAGAGCUCCCCGCCGGCGCGGCACAACUACACAAAGACGAAACGACGGCGUUCCGCGCGUGGUGCCCUACGCUGGGCCCCACUCGCCUUCGUUGACAAGCGACGCGGAGAGCGCUUUUAAACCCGAGAACUCGCUCAUUUUAAGAACAAAACGCGACACGUCGUCUAUCCUCCUCCCACCGAAAAACCCGGAAAUGGAAUCGUCGCCGGAGCAGAUCUUCAUUCUCUCAGGUCAGAGCAACAUGGCGGGCCGUGGCGGCGUGAUCCGUGACCACCACCACCAGCACUGGGACGGCGUCGUUCCGUCCGAGUCUCAGCCCGAUCCUUCGAUCCUCCGCCUCAGCGUUCACCUCCGCUGGGAGGCGGCGCGUGAGCCUCUCCACGCCGACAUAGACGCCAAGAAGGUGUGCGGCUUGGGUCCGGGAAUGUCGUUUGCCAACGCGGUCAGGGGGCGCGUGGAGGGGAGGAUGGGGCUGGUGCCGUGCGCGGUGGGCGGCACGGCGAUCAAGGAGUGGGCGCGUGGGGAGCAUCUGUAUGAGAAUAUGGUGAAGAGGGCGCGUGAGAGCGUGAAGAACGGGGGAGAGAUCAAAGGGUUGCUGUGGUACCAAGGGGAGAGCGACACGUCGUCUGAGCAUGAUGUUGAUGCGUACCACGGGAACAUGGUUAGGCUCAUUGACAAUGUUCGCCAGGACCUUGCUUUGCCUUCACUUCCAAUCAUCCAGGUGGCUAUUUGUUCUGGAGAUGAGAAGUACUUGGAGAAAAUUAGGGAGGUACAAUUGGGGAUGAAGGUUAAGAAUGUUGUGUGUGUGGAUGCUAAGGGAUUGGAGCUGAAGGAGGAUCAUCUUCACCUGACCACCAAGGCUCAAGUUCAGUUGGGUCAGAUGCUGGCUGAUGCUUACCUCAAGCAUUUUGGAUCAGCUGAUUCCCAUCAUCCUGCCCUUUAGAGUGAAGUAUUAAAAUUACAUGCUAUUUGAAUGUUUUGAAGCUUUCUUUAUGUUCUUUAUGUGAGUGUGGAAUCUUGUUUAUUUGGUGAUG